AACAAAAAGAAGACGCAAAUCGAAAGGAAAGAACAGAGAGCGCGAUGGAGACUAUUUGUAAUGUGACCAGGACAUAUUAUUUCUCAGGCCCCUUAGAGGAAGGCUUGUAGGGCCUGGGCCUCACCAUGCAGUUCAUUUUCCAAGAUGGCGGCUCUUUUUGAUGGACUGAUGUUAAGAAGAAUUUUUCUUAUGUUUUUCAUAUUUUCGAGAUGUUCGAUCGUUUACGGCUGGGAUUCUGUAGAUUUAGAGUUAUUCGACCUUGUAGAAGAAAUCAAAGAUAAUUUUUAUGACAUACUUGGGCUAAAACAGGUUAGUAUAACGGAAUCUUUCUCGUCGGAUAAAUUCUUAACGAUAGCUGGUUAGCUAAAGUUGAAUGACUUAUUGACCGUUGGUUCAACUUAUGGUUGUAUUUAUCGAAAGAAAAAUAUACUUACGGGCUUUCAAUGGAUAAUAUAUCGAGUUUAGUGUAAGUUCAAUUAUUGUAACGUAACGCGGAUAACUUCUGACAAAGUGUGGUUUUGCACCACUGAUCGUACUCAAGGUCCGUUGAGCAUAUGCUACUUUCCUCUAGGUUAGUCAAGGUGGUAAAAUUUCCGCACAGCCCCAUACUAUUGUAAAACAAAUCUAUUUUCCCAAUGGCAAUGUAUUGUUUUUGUCAUUGUUUUCUAUAUCCAAGAACUGAAUGCAUAAUGUGGUAUGGGGUUGUGCGAAAAUUUUACCAUUAUUUUUAUGAGAGAAAUUAUUUUCUCUGACAUGACGAGGAAGACUCCUAAGCAUUACCUUACACGUUACGUCAUUUUUAUUGUCUGUAACCUUAUUGACAAUAGUUCUCAACCAAUGAGUGAGCAAGAAUUUUUGCAGUUAUUGGGAAAAAAAAAGGAAAUGAAAGUGUGUAACUUAUUUAUGAUCAUCAAUAAGUUACCAGCUGUCAAAAGGUCAAUCAAAAUGCGUUGACCUACAUUGGAUGGAAAUUCUACUUCAUUGCUUUUAUCUGAGAAUUCUCACUGAUUUAAUUUUUCCAUUUACCUUUAGGAUGCAAGCCAGGCAGACAUCAGAAGGGCAUAUCGUAAACUGUCUCUUCAGUUGCACCCUGAUAAGAACAAAGAACCUGAUGCUGAGGUUAAAUUCAGGCAGGUGAAUAAAAGACAGAAAUAUGUUGUUUAGAUCCAAAGUAACUUAGUUAACAUGUAGUAGUAACAGACAGCUUACCAAAUUGGUUGUCAAUAAUCCCCUAAUUGACAUUAAAUUUUUUUUUUUUUUCUAGUAGCCACUUGGCUCCUAAAUUUUUCAAAGUGGUAGCCAAUUCAAAAAAAGUUGGUCACCAUUUUUAAAGACAAAUAAAACCUUUUUUAAUGCUGUUAGCAUUCUAGAUAGACCCUCCAAAAUUAAGUUAGGAAAAAGAUCUUUAACAUGCUACAAAUUGGCACUAGGAUGUCCAAUUUAAUUCACUUUAUCUCUAAGUAAGGUUAUGAUGAAGCAUUCUAGUCACCAAUUUGGUGACUAAUUUUCAGGAUUUGGUUGCCAAAGUGAAAAAUUUAGUCGCAUUGGCGCCUGUAUUGGGCACAAUUUCACGCCCUGCUAUCUGGUUGAUAUUUUAUUUAUGUUGUAAAAAGAAAAUUCUGUCCUAGUCACUCAUGGAGUUAAAGGGUUUAACUCCCAGAAUUGAUUAACAUGUAACUUCUCCCUAUUAUAUCCAUAUAUACAUCAUUUAGCAAACAGCGAGAGAAUACUCAAGCUUAUCAAGUAGAAGUUGUUAUCUUGAUCCAACACCAAAUUCUUGUAAUCAAUUUUAAAGAAAAUGUGUAGCACCAAGAGGGGAUGAUUAACAAUCAGAUCUUCAGAGUUAACCCUUUAUUUCCUUGAUCAAAUUUGUAAUUCUCCUUACUGUCAACCAUACAAUUCUUAUAAAGUUAGUUCAGAGAAUUAAUUGUUGGAUCAACUAAUCAUCCCCAAAUUAAUAUUUUUCUUUAGUCUCAUCACUUAUCUGGUUGUUAUUGUAUUGAUAUUGUAAGGAGAAAUUCUGUCUUGGUCACUCAUGAGAGUUAAAGGGUUAAAGGGUGAACGUUAAAUUCUCAGCAUCAAAAUUAUCAGACAGUUGGGGGGGGAUUUAUUUUUAGACCUUCGAGGAGAAAGGGGUAGACUUUGUAACAAAUUGGAAAUCACGGAAUCAUGCCCAUUGAAAAAUAUUACACAGGAAAAUGCAAAUAAGCUAGAAAAGAGAAAGAGAGCAUGCAUAACUUCACACAGGCCUGUCAAUCCAACUGUCAAUCAUGUAAUCCCCCAUGUACGUAGCGUUCGCAAGUAUUGUUUCUUGCUCAGACAACUGAAACAUAGGGCUAUUCAUUGAAGAAGAAUUAGUAGUGUUAUCUUGGCCCUUGCUCUUUACCAACAAAAAUGUGAAUCUUAAGAGACUGAAGCUGGUGGUGAGCUUUUGCAACCUCUUUCCCAGGUCAUUGCGUCCACAAAGGGUGACGCUUUUCAAUGGGCACGAUUCCCUAAUGGAAAAGUUUAAGUCAAUUCAAAUUAUAUCAUGAGAGAACUAUGUGCAUGUUUACAGACAUAUAUAUAUCUAAGUAUAUAGGUUUGAGUUAUAGGAAAUACAAAAGCCUUGCUGAUUCCAACACCUGCUUUUUUGUCAAAUUUAAAACUAGAUCUUUCGGCUGAAACACCUCAUUGAUUUAGUCAGGUUCACAGUAUUCCCCUGAAUGCAGGUUUCAUAAUUGUCAAAUCUCUCCUUGUGAUCAUCAGCUUGUUGCAGUAUCAGAGGUUCUGAAAGAUGAAGAGAAAAGAAAAAGGUAAAUACUACAGAAUAUAUUAUGUAUUGUGACAAUACUAUAGAACUUACUUCAUAAUGCUGGGUAAGAGGAUGUGAUUUGUGUACACUAUUUGGUUUUUUAUUCUCUGGAACUCACAUGUUUCACAUGCAAACUUAGAAAUAACCAUUAGCUCUUCACAGAAUGUGAUUUUGUGAACUGAGUUGAUAAUAUAUAAAUUGGCCACCAUGAAGAAUUUCUAAAAGUGAUGUUUUGAGCAUUAGCCCCUUGCCAAUUUGCAUUUUCAACUCAGUUGAUAAAACCAGGUGACAAAACAAUUUUCUUUUAGAAACUUGCCACCUUUAUUCUGUAGCUUAGUUGUAGAGCACUAGAGCAUGGAAAUCUGAAAGUCCACAGUUCAACUUCUAGUGCAAGACUCAGUUUUUUGUUGUUGUCAUUGUUGUUCCACUCUCAUGAAAAUUUAAAUAACAUCUUUCUUUAUUCACUCUUUAUACUGUUUUCCAUAGAUAUGAUGGCAUUCUGCGUGAUGGCCUGCCAGAUUGGCGACAGCCUGUAUUUUACUACAGGAGUGUGCGCAAAAUGGGACUUAUUGAAUUCACAAUCCUUCUCUUUUUGAUAUUAACCAUUGGACACUACAUUGUGGCUUGGUCUAUUUAUUUGGAGAAAAAACUUGAAUUGGUAUGUUCCGGUUGGAAGCUUGUCAUCUCUCUUAACCCUUUACACCCUAACAUCAAUAUGCAUAUUCUCCAUACUGUUCUUUAGACAUUUCCCAAGGUACUGACAAAAAAAAUUUGUUUAACAAUCCAGAACUUCUUAAGUUGGUGAUCAUUUUCUUUAAUUCUCGUAACCUUGAUAUAUGAUUUAGGGGCAAUAUGGUCAGGAGAAACUAGAUGCUCGUCAUUCUUAGGGUUAAAAAGUCAAAGGAAUACUGAAUAGGAUUUCACUUUGCUUGUGCCAAAUCCAAUUUAAAGUUCUUCUGUGUGUAAUUUAUGGUGAGCACCUCUAAACACAAGUUAACAGUGUUAAUGGUUUAUGAAUUGUUUGAUAUCUUAAGGACACCUGUAGGAUGGGUUAUUUGCAAUCAAACAAACAGAAAUAUAUUUUCUCUGAUAUAAACCUUUAGCUAAUAAAAAAUAUGUAAUGUUUCUAUAAUGGCCACAGUCUGCUUUCUCUGUCCUUAACCCCUUCACUCACAAGAUCUCACUAGUAGUUCCCCUUACUGUUUCCAUAUAAUUUUUACAAUAUAAGUUUGGAGAGUUUGGCACUGGAUCAACCAAUAAUCCACUGAUUGAUUUUUUUUUUCUUAUCACUUGUCUGCUUGAAUUUAUAUCGCAAGGUUAAAUUGUACAGAGAAAUCCUGUCUCAGUCACUCAUGGGAGCUAAAGUGUUACUUUGUGACUUUUGUCAUAGUUCAAUCAAAUUAGGUUCCUAAAUGUAUGAAUUCCGAAUUUUUGUUUUGGCUAUUCUUUUCUCUACAGGAAGAGCUCCUAUUUUCCAAGAAAAAACGCGAGGACAAGAAACGGAACAAAAAGUUGAAAUCCAAACUGAAUGAUGAAGACAUUCCUGAUCUCGCAGACAUAAUGGGUGAGACUUGUUGACCAGUUUCAUCUGAUGGCGUUGUUUUCACACCUUAAAAAAAAAGUCUAGAUUUGAAUUUAAAGCUCUCAUGAAUACCACUGUGUUCUUUACAGUAAGGACGCCCUGGAAAAGGUUAAAAGUUUUCUACAGUUUUCGGAUAUUUGCUUCCCUAUGAACGCAACAAUACUCCAAGGUGCACCGCAAGGAGCCAAAGUUUAUCCUUGUCUUGAUAACAUAAAACUACUGGGGAUAAUGCUACUUUCCCUGAAAGUGAUGAUGGUCUAUCACUGGUUACCCGCCCUCCACUUCCCCCGUGCAUUUUUCGUAAUUUCGAGUGGAAAGUCACGGUCGCUGAUUUUGCCUUUUACAGAAAAAAGAAGAUUAUCAAAUCCCGCUUUUUGGAAGGGCAUUUGAACACAAUUUUGGCCCCGUGGGGCGGGCAUUUGAACGAACCAAUCUUUAACAGUUCAAAUGCCCCUGGGUUGCCCUGGGGGAUGUUGGAGCUUCGAAUGGAUCGACACGUUACAUCUUGAGUCAAACGAUAAUGCUUCAUCAUAAACUGUCCUUGUUGUUUCAGUACAAGAGGUUGGUGUGUCAAAACCCACACUGCGCGACCUGCUGCCAUUCAAAAUGAUGCUCUGGCUGAUUGGGUUCUGUACGUCACUGCCUGAGCAAUAUCGGGCUAUGGUGGAAUACUUGGAAGAAAGAAGGAUGGAAAAGAUUGAGGAAGAGGAUGAAGAUGACGAUGAUGAUGAUGAAUUGGAAGGUGAGUUGGUUGGUUGUUUUUCUCCCUGUUAGUGGUAUUUCAAGUCACCACCCGCAGUCGUGUGAUUUGCAAAUUACUUUCCUUGCAUUUUAAAUCCGCAAAUUUAAGUAGAGCUUCCUUUAAAUCACUACUGACAUUUUAGAAUUGUCAUUAGAGAAACAGCCCUUAGAGCUACAAAAGGCGCAAAGAAAUUUUAUGCGCUGUACAAUGUAAAUUAUUGCAGAAAUGGCGCUAUGAACUUGCCCACGUUUCGGUUUUGUUUUACGAAACGCAGUCUAAAAGCAAUGGUCCUUAAGAGACUGGCUGUAAUCUUUCCUUGUGAUGCUUUUUUUCUUGUUUGUUGCAUUGAUUUCAUACUUUCCGCUGCUGUUAUUAGUGUUUGUGAUGUAGUUUGUGUUGUUGUUGCAAUUUAAACAAUGUUAUCCGGCAAACGUGCAGCCGCUACAUUGAUUUAUUUGUUUUCAGGUUUGUAAGGAGCACGCACAACUACUUUUGGUUUGAAGUUGAAGCUAUUGUGCUAUUGUUUCAAGGCUCCCAAAAAACUUUUAAUUAUUUUUGUGUAUAUUAAUUUAAUUUCGAAGAAAAACCAUCAAGACCACGAAGGAGACAGAGAGUAAACAUUCCACAGGAAGAUACAGAAGACAACAGCUGGGAGGGUGCUCCUGUCACCAAUGUGUUAAAGAUGGCCACAGAUAACGACGACCAUUCUGCUGUAACAGAGAAGGUAUUGGAUGCAGUGAUCUACUGAUUCAACAACAUUGCUAGAGCUUGCAGUUUAGCGUUGUUUUUCUGUUGUUUUUAUUAGAUGUGUUUGGUCAUAUUUAAGUUCAGAACUAGAAGCGAACAUAAGAAAAAUGUACAUUGAAAAUUCCAGUCAUGGCCUGUCUGUUUAGUAUAGCGCAAAAGAGAGAUUGUUAGUUAACAACUAUUCGACGAAGUAGAGGUGACUAGUGGUGGAUAUUUAUCGAGCCGCAUAGUGGCAAAGGUAAUAUCAACCGCUAGCCACUGACAGUGAGAUGGAUAGAUGUUUCAACAUAAACUUAAACAGUGAGAUAAUACAGCACAAAAAGAUGAUUUUAACUUAUUUAUUCCCGCCUGCAACGAUUUUGAUAUUGCUCGGAGGUCAAUGGCAAAGGAUAUUCGGAGUUUUAGUAGCCAAUCAGAGCGCGCCUUCGACGCUAAGUACUGUUUUAGAAUAUACAAAUUAUUGAUAUCCUUUCAUAAGGUAGAGCCAACAGUUAAAGCUUAUUACGUGCCAUUUAUAACUGCAUUUUUGCAGUAUACGCAAGUCUAUUAUGUUAUAGCCUCUCUUCAGCGCGUUUGAAUAGGAAACCCCCAGAAGGUUUUGGUUUCUUUUUGAAGGAAAAUUAUGCUUCUGAAUGAACCCACAUUCUGAACCCACGUGAAUGUCGUCUCCGUCCCCCACAGAAAAAAAAUGUUACAUUAUGGCUUUGCGCGGUUUGACAGUCCAAAUAUAAACCAAACCUUGAAACAAGCUAAAAUUUCGGUCACGACCGCCUUCAUUUAAAGGAAAAGAAGCAGUUUAACUGAUCUUUUACAUUUUUUCCAGUCAGGUGAAUGGACAGAUCACGAACAAUCCCUUCUUACCCGUGCUAUGGUGAAAUUUCCCGGGGGGACACCGAACCGUUGGGAAAAAAUUGCUGUAGAGAUUGGGAGAUCAGUAGAAGAGGUAAGGAAAUGAGAAGUCCCAAUGGCCGCUUGAGCCGGUCGGAGGUUUUGAUUAUGAUGUCAUGGCUACAAUUUCAUUUCGCGUCAGCUUAACGUCCUGUUUUCCUGUUGAUGCUGCAGGUUACAAAACAAAUGAAAAAGUUAAAACAAUCCUAUGGAGCACCUACUCAUUCAUCGAACGCAGGUAGAAGAAAUGUUCUUGCUCCUUAAAGUACUUUUAUUUAAUUAUUUACUUUUUUUUCUUCCCUGUUGUUUUUGUUGUUGUUGUUGUGAGCUAACUAAGCAUUCUAUUGAACCAUUUCGUUUUGGAUAAGGUUCUUCUGUUUUAUGAUAUGGAAUAUAUAUUUUUAUAUUGACAAUCACUUUUUUGUUAGUUGUGUCACGUUACCUGUUUGUCGACGCGUUUGUGUCAGGGAACCGUUUAAAUGAAACGCAAAGUUAUUACAUUCUCUGGAAGGUCCAAUAUACCUAAUGCGAGCGCCUUUUUUUUUCUGAGCCGAACCAAAGGAAAUCAUAUACUGUUUCUGAUUCAUUUGUUUGUGCGUCUUUUUUCUCUCGCGUUUUAUAAGGUGAAGGUGACUUAAGUACGCUAGUAAUAAACAAGAAAAAGGCAAUGGUGAGCGAUGAAUGCCUGGAGCAAGCUGACGAAUGCUACAACUUCGGAAGCAACUCAAAUCGUCGCCGUAACAAAUCGUCGAGAAGUCAACAGACGACAAAGAACGUUGCCGAUCGGCCCGUAAGCGAAGUAUCUGUACCGUCCGUGUUGCGUGACAGGACUUCAGAGCAAUCGGAUGGCGUUACUAAGAAAAACGUGACAGAUGAUGACAGUACUGCGUGGAGUCAGAAUCAGCAGAAACAGUUGGAGAUUGCGUUACAGCAGUUUCCGAAGACUGUGGCAGAUAGAUGGACUUGUAUAGCUCAGGCUGUGCCUGACAAGACUAAGGUGAGGAAGUAGAACUUGACGUCUUCUUCAAAACCAAAAUCAAUGCAUUCUCAACGGCCAAUCACAACAAAGGUGGAGAUAACGAUGAGCCAAUCAGAACUCAAAGUAGAAACCAGCAAAUUGUCUCGAUUGGUUUUAGACUUCGAGUAGUCCCUCCUUUUCGGCGUAAUCCGUCGCUCGAGUCAAAAAAAGCAGUGAAAAAGAAUUGAUGUCGGCACGCCACGGAGAGCUCCAGGAGUGACGUCGCUCGAAAAGUAAGGACCGCGGACUAUUUUACAAGAGCCUCGCUCAUGGAGCUCCUGCGGCGCAUCGACAUCACUCCUAGAGCUCCCCGCGGCGCCAUAACAUUGAGUUUCUUGACUCGCGCGACAGACUACGCUGAAGAGGAGGGACUGCUCGUAAUCAAGAUUGGUUUUAGAUUUGUUCUCGGUUGAUCGAGAGAGUGGUGCAAGGUUUCAAGACCGAUCAAAGAGCGAAUCAAAAGAAAAAUCGUAGUAGUCCGAACGAUAGCUAGCAGGCCAUCAUUAUUAGCGUUGCAGACUGCGCGGUUCUCCGCCCGCGGGAAGGUUGGAGGCGAGUCAGGGGAAGGUUUUCGGGAGUGGUAACACUAAUAACGUCAUAUAAUCAAAAGAAAAAUUGUUGCUUACCGUUCACAAUAGAUGUACUGGUUUUCAAAGAGGGUCAAAAGCAUACUGUAUUUCCUCCAAUAAGCGCCCACCCACUUAGGCAAAUACAUCAAGCAAGCACCCGCCCCCCCCCCCACCUCCCCUCGAAAAGGCGCCCUAGGCGAGGAAAUAAUCUAUUUAUUGCACACACAAAAAUUAUUUUAUCAAAAUUGAACUUUUUCAAUGUCAGCUCAACUUUUCUUUCUGUUUUAUUUUACACAGCUUGACACAUCUAAUACCCUUUUUUUGCAGGAAGAAUGUAUUUUGCGGUACAAAUUUCUCGUGGAAUGUGUUCGGAAAAAAAAGCUGGCCGGGCAGCAACAGUAA